GGUGUCAUUAUGUACGGCGCCCUGAUCCUCUUCGAUGCCGACUUCAUCCACGUGGUUUCAAUUACCUUCACUUCGGUUCUACUGACGGAACUGCUUAUGGUCGCUCUGACGAUUCGUACUUGGCACUUCGUCAUGAUUAUCUCUGAGCUGGCCAGUCUUGCCAUCUACAUUGUCGCUCUCGUGGUCUUCAAGUCCUUCUUCGAUCAAGCCUUCUUGUUGACCUGGAAUUUCGUGUGGAAGGUGUUCGCCAUCACCGCGGUCAGUUGUAUCCCCCUGGUGGUGCUGAAGUGCAUCCGACUGAAACUUCGACCACCCAUCUACUCGAAACUGCGAUAG